GUUCGGGAAGUGGAUCCGCCGCUGCCGGAGCAGCCCGGAGGGAGCUGCGGUUUGCGAGGCCAGGACCGACCCCGCCCGCCCGCGCGCACCGCCCCCGCCCGCCAUGGCCCGGGACUACGACCACCUCUUCAAGCUGCUCAUCAUCGGCGACAGCGGUGUGGGCAAGAGCAGUUUACUGUUGCGUUUUGCAGACAACACUUUCUCAGGCAGCUACAUCACCACGAUCGGAGUGGACUUCAAGAUUCGUACGGUGGAAAUCAACGGAGAGAAGGUGAAGCUGCAGAUCUGGGACACGGCAGGCCAGGAGCGCUUCCGCACCAUCACAUCCACGUAUUACCGGGGGACCCACGGGGUCAUUGUGGUUUAUGAUGUCACCAGUGCCGAGUCCUUUGUGAACGUCAAGCGGUGGCUUCAUGAAAUCAACCAGAACUGUGACGAUGUGUGCCGAAUACUAGUGGGCAACAAGAAUGACGAUCCUGAGCGGAAGGUGGUGGAGACAGAAGAUGCCUACAAAUUUGCCGGGCAGAUGGGGAUCCAGUUGUUUGAGACCAGUGCCAAGGAGAACGUCAACGUGGAAGAGAUGUUCAACUGCAUCACAGAGCUGGUCCUCCGAGCCAAGAAAGACAACCUGGCCAAACAGCAGCAGCAGCAGCAGAACGACGUGGUGAAGCUCACGAAGAACAGUAAACGAAAGAAACGCUGCUGCUGAUGCCCCCUGCAGAGACUGCACUGCGGCCCCAGCCCGAGGCCCGAGGGCUCCUCGGCGGACGGUCUCAGUUCCGUGCCGUUAUUUAAAGAAUUCUCUCCACGUUUUUGUACCAGGAGGCGCCAUCGGCACUUCCUCCCCUCCCCGAGUGCCAAGAAGGCGUUGGACAAGCCCGCCCUUCCCUCCUGGUGCCCUCCUCCCCCGCCAAGGCGCCUGGACCUGGCGAGGACGCUGCCAGCCGAGCGGACCGAGUAACCCAUUGUACAUAGUGUAAAUUGCGUUAACCAGCUGCGCACCCUCGUCCUGCUCUGGCUUCUGCCUCCUAAAUGCCAGCCUGCUGCGACAGACCCUCCUGCUGCCCUCCCGUCCACCCUACCGCCAGCAGCUUCCUGAGGGGACAGCAUCACGUUCUGGCCACGUCUUUGGCCAACCUGGGUCAGUGGAGUGGGCUCCACGUUGCUUAUUCUCUCCUACAGGUGUCAGCUUCUGUCCCCGGCCUCCAGGCUUUCCCCGUUCUCUGCGGCCCGUGCCGACCCAUCCCUACCCCAGAACCAUUCUGGGAGCUGGGGCAGCCUGACCUGGAUGGAGGCCCUGCCGUCUGCUUUCACAGAGGAAGUCAGUCCUGCUGUUGGCCAACAGGUUUCUUGUCCUGCCUCCUAGACCCUUCUUUGCUGCAGGCCCAGGGGAGCCCAGCUUCUCAGCGAUACCAGCAUGUCUCCGUCCCAGCAGGAAGGCAGGCUGCGUGUGCAGAUGGGGCGCACGGUGGGCAUUAGACACUUUAACAGGUAAAGCAAGUGAAGCCAAAUCAAGUGAAUUAAAUUGCUCACAAUUAUUUUCUGUCCCUGAAAUUUGGCAUAGCAGCAAAGGUUGUGGCCACUGCAUUUUUAGCCCAGGGUUUUUAGACAAAGUAAAUGGCUUCCUGUCACCGUGGGGCUCUUGGCUGUUUCUUGGGAAAGAGAGGGCCGCCACUGGUGUCAGGGGACUGUGACGUGGGGCUGUGGCGCCAGGGCUGCCGGACAGCAGGGGGAUGACACGACCACCGACAAGAGCAGUCCGACCACAAAGGUGGUGGGAGGCCAUCUCCGCUGGUGGGGAGGAGUGGCAGGGCCACAGGGCAGUGCCCUGGAGGAAAAACCAUUGUGACCUGCCCCCGACUACUGCCCCUCUGACCCUCCCCUCCCCACUAAAGGGAUCACGUACGCUGGGAAGAACUGAUUUCAGCACCAUGAUGUGUUUUAUUAGAUUUCCUUUCCUAGGCAGUUUUCAGGCAAAGCCCUCACUGGACAAUCACAUUGCAGAUCACGCUGCAGAUUCUCCAUGUUAACACUGUGGAUGGGUUUGUAAUCAAUAAAAACUGGGGGUUUCUUCUCACCUGUUUCUCCACUUGUCCAUACUGCCAAAAACGGGGAUUCUGUGGUCCAGGUCUUCUUCACUCUGGAGCUGUAGGCUGGGGUUGGCGAGCCGGGCCUGGGAAGGUGGGUGCGGGGUACUGCGUCUGGCUCAGGGGAGCUGGGAUCAGAAGUGGGGGUCCUGUGCUCAGGACUGUCCUAGCUGGCUGUUGGCCUGUGGUGGCAGUGGGGUACAUACUGCCUCUGAGCAGAGUCAAGCAGCAACAGGGGGUCGUGGGAACCUCCAGCCCCGGCUCGAUGCCCAUGUAGCUUGUGGGAACUGGACGCCCAGACCCAGGUGGCAGGGGUGAGCGUUGGAUAACAGUGUGCCUGUCACGCGGAGGGUUACACGCAUGAACGGGAUGGGGUGGGGGGGGGAGACUCGGGGCUGGACCGACGUCCUGGUGGACCGGCUAUGAAAUUCAUGUCAAACAAUACAACUUUUAAAUGGUUUGCUAGGAUUAUUUCUGUAUUGAAAGUUUCUAAUUAUGCUUUUUAAAAAAAAAUACUAAAAAUAAAGGUUCAA